UCGGCCAUCAACCCACGGGGCCUGGCGUUUCCCAGAAGACCCAGCGCCGGGAAGGGGUUUGCAGCUGCUCCGUCAUCGUGCGGCCCAACGCGAGCCCGCGCUUGUGUACAGGCCCGGCUCGGUUCCUGGUCCCUGGUACCAGGAUUCACGCGAGGCCCCGGCCUCGGUCCCCGGACUAGGCCGCGACUCCGAGCGCCAUGAAACAGGAGGGCUCGGCGCGGCGCCGUGGCGCGGACAAGGCAAAGCCGCCGCCCGGUGGAGGAGAACAAGAACCACCACAGCCCCCGGCCCCCCAGGAUGUGGAGAUGAAAGAAGAGGCAGCGACGGGUAGCGGGUCAACCGGGGAGGCCGACGGCAAGACGGUGGCGGCAGCGGCUGAACACUCCCAGCGAGAACUGGACACCGUCACCUUGGAGGACAUCAAAGAGCAUGUGAAACAGCUGGAGAAGGCCGUUUCAGGCAAGGAGCCAAGAUUUGUCCUGCGGGCCCUGAGGAUGCUACCUUCCACAUCACGCCGCCUCAACCACUAUGUUCUGUAUAAAGCUGUGCAUGGCUUCUUCACCUCUAAUAAUGCCACUCGAGACUUCUUACUAUCCUUCCUAGAAGAGCCCAUGGACACAGAGGCUGAUUUACAGUUCCGGCCCCGCACAGGAAAAGCCGCAUCAGCCCCUCUCCUGCCUGAAGUGGAAGCCUAUCUCCAGCUCCUCAUGAUCAUCUUCCUGAUGAACAGCAAACGCUACAAAGAGGCACAGAAAAUCUCUGAUGACCUCAUGCAGAAGAUAAGUACUCAGAACCGCCGGGCCUUGGACCUUGUAGCUGCAAAAUGUUACUAUUAUCAUGCCAGGGUCUAUGAGUUCCUGGACAAGCUGGAUGUGGUACGCAGCUUCUUGCAUGCCCGACUCCGGACAGCCACCCUCCGGCAUGAUGCAGAUGGGCAGGCCACCCUGCUGAACCUCCUGCUGCGGAAUUACCUACACUACAGCUUGUAUGACCAGGCUGAAAAGCUGGUGUCCAAGUCCGUAUUUCCUGAGCAGGCCAACAACAAUGAGUGGGCCAGGUACCUCUACUACACAGGACGAAUCAAAGCCAUUCAGCUGGAGUACUCAGAGGCCCGGAGAACGAUGACCAAUGCCCUUCGMAAGGCCCCUCAGCACACAGCUGUCGGCUUUAAACAAACAGUGCACAAGCUUCUGAUUGUGGUGGAACUGUUGCUAGGGGAGAUCCCGGACCGGCUGCAGUUCCGUCAGCCCUCCCUCAAGCGCUCACUCAUGCCCUACUUCCUUCUCACCCAAGCUGUCAGGACAGGAAAUCUAGCAAAGUUCAACCAGGUCCUGGAUCAGUUUGGGGAGAAGUUUCAAGCAGAUGGGACCUACACCCUAAUCAUCCGACUUCGACACAAUGUGAUUAAGACAGGUGUGCGCAUGAUCAGCCUCUCCUACUCCCGCAUCUCCCUGGCCGACAUUGCUCAGAAGCUGCAGCUGGAUAGCCCAGAAGACGCAGAGUUUAUUGUUGCCAAGGCCAUCCGGGAUGGUGUCAUUGAAGCCAGCAUCAACCACGAGAAGGGCUAUGUCCAGUCUAAGGAGAUGACUGAUAUCUACUCCACCCGGGAACCCCAGCUGGCCUUCCACCAGCGCAUCUCCUUCUGCCUGGACAUCCACAACAUGUCUGUCAAGGCCAUGCGGUUUCCUCCCAAAUCAUACAACAAGGACUUGGAGUCUGCAGAGGAGCGGCGUGAGCGAGAGCAGCAGGACUUGGAGUUUGCCAAAGAGAUGGCAGAAGAUGAUGAUGACAGUUUCCCUUGAGRGGGGGACAGGGUGGGGGGGGUGAGUGGGGACUGGCUCUUUAUCUUUCCCCCUAAGGGGUCCCCUGCCCAGGGAUCUGGCCCUUUUUUCCCAUACACAGCUCACAGGCUGCAUACGUGCAGGGGGUGAGGGGUGCUGGGAGCCAGCCACCCCUACCUCACCCCAGGCCCCUCUCCAGUGGUGACUUAGCACACAGUGGGGAGGAGGGCAGGCAAGCAGCCUCCCCAGGGCAGGGUCCUGGCUAGUGGUGUGGGCAGCCGGAGGGGAGGGACAGCCCCGUGCUCUAGUUUCUAGGCAGUUAGGCCUAGAGUUGGAACAUGUGUUGGGUUGUUCGUUUUUUUGAAACUUCAAUUAUGAUUUUUAAAACAAUAAAAAGUUCUCCAAAA